AUUCCCGCGCCGCGCGCGACGAACGCGCGGAUUCGCGCGACGACGCCGUCGACGCGCGCGUUCGUGGGAGACGCCUCGCGGCCGGGCACCGUUCGAAACGAUCGCGAACGCGCGACGCGAAAAACGGACGUCGAUCGCGUUCGCGACGGCGGAAUCAUAAGAGUCGUUUGUUUGAAUUUCGGAUUCGAAUCCGAGCGACGCGAGCGCGCGCUCUCGGCGAGCGGGAGCGGCGGGCGAGCGAGAGCGAAUGGCGAGGAGCGUCGGGAGCGGCGCGAUGCCGGCUUCGGCGGAAGAUUCCAUCGGGUGGUACCUGAGCUUGUACUGGCCGGCGAUGAAUAAGGAGUUCAAGGGCGUGGUGCAAAAGUACGAUCACGAUUCCAAGCAUCACACGGUGAAGUGGGAUAACGCGCCGAAAGGGAGCGAUGGCGUGACCGAGGUUGAUUUGACCGAGGGCGAGUUGACGUGGUUGAAGGCGCCGGAGAAGCCCGUGAAGAAGGCCGCGAAGGGCAAGCCGGCGGCGGCGAAAGCGAAACCCAAAGCGUACAAGGAGUACGAUGCCUUGGAGACCAUGGAUGAUUUGGAAGCGCGAUUCACGGGCAAAACGACCAAGGCGGUGGCGUUUCAAGUGUUGAAGAACAGCGGCGUAAACGGGAUGACGCUUCAAGAAAUAGUCGACGAGUCGCAAAAGCUUGGGCUUCGGGACUGGACGCAGUGCAAACAGCCAAAGACGACCAUCAACGUGUGCGUGAGUCAAGAUUCGGCGUUUGUGAAGAUUUCUCCCGGACGCGUGGGUUUGCGCAUCAACGGCGCGCAAACGAGAGACGCUUCGCAAGAACCCAAGCACGUGAAGGCGUCGGGCGCUUCGAAAAAGCGUGGGCGUCCGCCGAAGACGGGCGAGGCCAAGCCGAAAAAAGUGCAACGUCAAGAACCGCAACACUGGGAGCGCAAGCCUCCGAUUGAUUUGUCGAUUGAGGUGUACACGAGCAACAACACGCACGUGACCAACGCGCCAAUCUCAGUUGCGUACAACGUUACCAUUAAGGCUUUGAAAAAGGCCAUCUCGAAUAACACCAAGGGCAUGCUCAAGCCGCACUAUCAGCAACUUUACCACGAUAACCGAAACAUCGGUAUGGAUGAGGAUGCGUUUUUGGUGCACGCGGUUCGCCCGCACAAAUUUGAGCGCACGCUCGAUUUGAAGCUCGUCAUCAGCGAUCAGUAGACACUACAACAGUGACAGCGGUAACAGGCACAUCAUAGCCCGCGCGACAACACCAGGCGGAAAUCUAAUCAUCGAUCAUGUGUCGCGCGC